UACUAUACUCAUACCGUAGGGGUAAUUUUGUUCCAGCCCCCAUCUCUCUCUAAAUUCCAAAUUUGAAAGAGUCUUGGAACGCUUAGCAAGUCGAAUAAAACAAGACUCAGAUCUCCUUCCUCUUCCGAAACUACCGAAAAAUUGAGAGCGAGCGGCCGCGUUCUCUUCGGAGCCGGCGCCGGCGAUAUCGGGGAGGGAUUAAAGGGGGAGAAAGGGGGCGAGAUGGCGGAGGAGAGAAAGAAGGGUGGCGCCAGAUCGGCGGCCUCAAUGGCGUACCUGAGGACCUCCUCUGAUGACCGGAAGUCGGCGGCGCCGCCAGGGGACAAUACGGGGACAGGGCCCGCGGCCCCCGCGGCCAGGAAGAUCACCUUCAAGAGCGCCGAUAUGAAGGAGGAGAUGCAGCAGGAGGUUUUCGAGUGUGCCCGCAUUGCGUUCGAGAAGUAUACGGUGGAGAAGGAGAUCGCGGAGUACAUCAAGAAGGAGUUCGACAACAAGCACGGCCCCACUUGGCACUGCAUUGUUGGUCGCAACUUCGGUUCAUACGUGACGCAUGAGACCAACCACUUCAUCUAUUUCUAUGUAGACUCGAAAGCCGUGCUGUUAUUCAAAUCUGGUUGACAAUGUCGAAGAUGCUUUUGCCAGUGCCUGUAUCCUACUAUUUGACAGUCUUUUUCCUACACUUGCCCGUAUAUCUUAUUCCAUGUGUACAAUGGGCAAUGCGCUGGAACAUCGAAUCUGAGCUCGGUUGGUCGUGUUUUAUAAGCUCAGCUCUAGUUGAGUUC